CGUCAAAACAAGUUGUGUUGACAGCUAGCCCCAACUAGCCUGAUGCUAGCUAGUCUUCUUGCGUCGGGUCCUGGCAAGUCCCUCGCCGACUCUCAUGGUUUUAGAAGUGUGUUGGCCGUCUUUCGUCAAUGCACCGUAGUGUAUCGGUUUGAGACAUGCAGGAUAGGUACAGCGAGAUAGGCUUUGUCCAGCAAAUACUCUGUUUGAAUUUAGUGCCGAGACAAAAUGGCACGCACCGAGGAAACGAUACAUCUCUCGACGACUUCUCAGAGAUGUGGUAUGGAGUGUUCCUGUGGGCAGCGGUCUCCUCGCUGAUCUUCCACCUGCCUGCGGCUCUGCUGUCCAUCGCCAUGCUGCGCCAGCACAAGGUGGCCCGAUUCAUGCCCAUCGCCAUCCUCCUCAUGGGCAUCGUGGGACCACUUUUUGGGGGGGUCCUCACCAGUGCAGCCAUAGCAGGUGUGUACAAGGCGGCAGGAAAGAGGAUGAUCUCUUUGGAGGCUCUUGUGUUCGGUGUGGGACAGUCAUUCUGUGUCCUCAUCAUCUCCUUCCUCAGGGUCCUCGCCACCCUCUAGCAGCACCGAGGCCCGCCUGGCCGGCACCUAAUGCCGCCGGGUGAGUCUGACACCAGUCGCACCUUCUCUGGACGGGACCUGAGUUUAACACGGCGCAAGACUAGAUUCACCUGGGACAAUCCCAGGACACACGUAAACCAGUCAGACCUGGGACGUGAUGUCAUUUGCUACCGGUGGACCAGAGACCAGAGUGGAUUUUAUUCAAACUCCUGACUUGCUUGCCAUCCGUGUAACGUUUCCACCGUAGGACGGCACAAUGCUGCGUUCACGUCACAUGACUUGUAUGAUGUGACGGCAGAGUGGGAGGCUGUAGUCCCCUGUUGCCGGCGGUUACAGGUUAGCAGCAGGAUGACACUAACCUUUCUCAGGGUGUGUGUGUGUGUGUGUGUGUGUGUGUGUGUGUGUGUGUG